AUGGAAGAUCACUUACAAACCUAUUUGCAGUAUUUUCUCGAUACGCGACGCGGUUACUCGGCGAUUGAUUUUUUCAAGAAAUAUGGUUUCAACUACCGCGACAAAGAGACAGCUCAUCUUAUAUUAAGUAAGUGUCUUGAAUACCUGCGUUCAAGCUCGAAACCAGAAUUGCAAACAAUUUCUGCUAACGUAAUGAAGGCCCUAGAGAACAAGAAAUAUCUUAAUGCCUUUUGGGCAUCCAAAAAAAGCGAGGAGAAGAAAGAUAAUUUGGAAAAAAGAAUGCAGAUUGCCGAGAAGAAGAGCAAAUUGUAUGAUGUUGAACAACACGCGACUGUAAAAAAAUUAGUAUAUAAACAGGAUAAUAAUGUUCGCGAAAAUUUCAGUGCCGAAAUAUUAAAAAAAAGAGAUAGUAUUCAAGAUAUAGAAAAGGAACAACCUUCUAUUCCGAAAUCUCGUAAACGAAAAAGAAAAGACUUACUAGAAAAUAAGAAUGGCGAAAAAGUCAAAGAAAUUCUUGUUCGUAUGACGUCAAAGACUAUUGAGCAAGCAAAGGAAAUACAAUCUAAAGGGAAAAAAUUAGAGGCAUCCACUUUAAGCACUAUACGGCUUGGGCUAAACAUCGAGCCAAAGAAAUUUGAGAGUGUAAUCGAAAAUGACAUUAACAAAAUAGAGGAGCUUUGUAGUGAAUACAAAUACUGGGAGGCAAGGGAUUUUGUGUAUGAGAAAUUAAAGGGACGUCCAGAUAAAACUAGAACUUUGCAACAUCAAGUCAUGAAAAUCUAUUUCUUUAUUAUAGAGAUGUUUCUAGUAGAUCCCUACAUUUUUGUCGACAGGGAAGGAAAUAAACAAAAUUUAACAGAAAUUGAAUUCGUCCUCAAAGUUGCGGGUCCAACAAUAGAUAUAAUAUUUUCCGAUGUUCAACAUCUUGUUCAGCUUAAAUGGGGAGAAACAGUAUCAAAAGCAACGGCAGUUGGAAGAAAAAUCGACUUACAAGUUACAUGCCGAAGAAAAAAUCGAGGAAAAAUUGUGGAGCUUAGCCAUUCUGAGUGCGCUCGUAGAACAACUCCUACUAAAAUUAUUAAUGAUCGUAGUAAAUGCUUGAGAACAAAUAAAUUUGUUCUUGAUCAAUAUCUUUCACAUGAUCUGUCCGAUGAAAUAACCGAAAAUUCUGCAGUUAUUGGGUUGCAGUUAGCAGCUUUAUAUGGUCAAAUAAUUGGUGUUGACUUAUUAGAUAAUGGAUUAUAUUUCGGAUUUGAAGGACCACUAUUAAGGUUUCCUACUCAAAUCAAUGAUAUUACUGUUCUGAAACAAACUUUGGAAGCAUUAUAUUUCUUUAAGGAAGCAUCUUCCACAAAAGAUAUUUUGCAGUCCUCGACUUGUCCAGAAUUACCGAAAAAUCCUCAACCCCCAACACGAAGUGCUAUUUCUCCUGAAAUAAGAAGUGAUUCUGGGAUAUCAUCCAUUUCACCAUCUAUCGAAGACCACUCUACUGAUUCCGUGUCCUUAGAGCAGAUUUCUGACAAUACUCCUGAAAAGUUAGAAAAUACACCUGAUAACACAUCAAAUUCUGAUGACCAUGAUUGUCCUUCAGCACCACAAGGAGACGGUGUGCGAGUUCCGACGUGUCCUCUCUGCAACGUUCCUGUUCCGAUAAAUAAAGGAGAAGAUCCGAAUCUACGGGUAACAUGGAACGACAUAUUGCAAAUGACUGUCGACCACCACCAAAAACCACAUCAACAAAACCCUUCAAUUCCUGCUCAUUUCAAAAUUGUAAACAACGUGUUGCUGUACGAUUACUGUGUGCCGGAUGCGGCAAGAACUAUUGUAUUAAACAUCGACUAG